UUUCUCUUUCUCUUUCUCUGCCCUCCCAAAGUCCCAAACGCGACAAUCCUAAUUCUUAUCCCAAGCUUAACCCUCUCCUCCUCCUCCUCCUCCUCCUCCUCCUCUCCGAACCCUCACUGCAUCACUCUCUCUUGCGAGCUCGCGGUUACCGGAAUCUUAAGGCAGGAGCCAUGGCGUCAGUGCAUCUGUGCGGGCCGCAAGUAGCGUUGGCGCCGGUGGCGAAGCCAGCCUCGGUGGAUGGUCUCCGUAUCCCGCAAUUGUCCUCGCACGCUGUGUCGAGGAGCCGGAAGUUCCGUGGCCUCGUCGUGAGGGCCGCCACGGUUGUGUCACCCAAGUAUACUUCCGUCAAACCAUUGGGAGAUAGGGUACUCGUGAAGACCAAGAUCUCUGAGGAAAAGACUCCAGGAGGGAUAUUACUUCCAACAUCAGUUAAGCCAAAACCACAAGGAGGGGAAGUUGUUGCAGUUGGAGAGGGGAGAAGCAUAGGCAGCAACACCGUAGAAAUCAGUGUUCCGGUUGGCGUCCAAGUUGUGUACUCUAAAUAUGCUGGCACAGAGUUGGAAUUCAACGAUUCUAACCAUCUCAUUUUGAAAGAAGAUGACAUCAUUGGUAUUCUUGACACUGAUGAUGUGAAAGAUCUGAAGCCACUGAGUGAUCGUAUUCUCAUUAAGGUUGCAGAGGCUGAAGAGGAAACUUCUGGUGGUUUGCUAUUGACGCAGGCGACCAAAGAGAAACCUUCUGUUGGAACAGUCAUAGCUGUUGGCCCAGGGCCCUUGGGCGAGGAUGGCAGCAGGACACCCCUAUCGAUCACUCCUGGAAGCAGCGUGUUGUACUCCAAGUACGCAGGAAGUGAGUUCAAGGGUGCUGACGGCGAGUACAUCGUUCUUAGGGUAUCUGACGUGAUAGCUGUUAUCUCCUAAGCAUACCCUGCUCAUUUGAAAUAGGAAUUUUGAUAAUUAGUCCAAAACUUUGUUUUGUUACUGUCGCUUGGAAUUGGUGAACUUCUUGAAUAUCUUCUCAUUCCACGGUGUUAUGAUGGAAAGAAACGCUGUCUGGAUUGCUUCGAUUUCAGACA